AUGCAAUUUGAAUUUGGCUAUGGUCUGACCGAAUCCGGCUGGAUGGCCCGCGAAUCCGCCUCAUUCUGGAUCUGUCUCGGCCGCGAGGGAGCGCCCCCGAAGUCUACCGCACGUGGCUGGCCUCGGCGCCGCUGGGGCGCGUUCCUGGAUACACUGGCGCGCCUGCGUCCACACGAGGACCCCUUGAGGAGCUGCCGCCUGGCAGCUGCGCGCCGCCGACGGCCGCCCGCACCAGAGGCCCCAAGCCGCGUCCUGCAGGGCCACCCCUCGGGUCUGCGCGGCGCCGCCGCCGUCGGCAGGCGCGCGUGA